AGUGAAUGCCCACUAUGACGCCAUCACUGCUUCAAAUCUUCCCCCUUCGGGCUGUUGAUGGCCACUUAGUAGGUGCUCUGAUCUUCCAGAGAAACCAUGACAUCAUUCCGUCUCUGUCCACCAUACAGCUAGUAAUCUUGUUGCAGGCCAAGCCUCAUAUUUCGAAACACAUGAAUGGAUUUGGGGUUAGCAUAACUGUGACUCACCCGCCCUGAAUGCGCUGCAUGUUUUAGUCUUUUAUAGUUCAAUUCAUUGGGGAACUGCGACGCUGUUAUGUAGCAUAAAAGGAGAUAAUCAACACUAAUAAUACAAUUAGAAAAAGUAAUUCUGAUGAGAAUGCAUGAUUAUGGCAAAUACUCGACUCUUAGCAUUCAUGCAUUUAAUUUCAUUUUUAUCUUUUAAAAGGGCGUCAAGACAGUACAGUAGUCGGAGUGGUGUACAAUAAUGGUCUCGUGAAGCGUUUGUUGCCCAAACAGCUGUUUGGCUGGGAGAGGUGGCUAGCAGCUAGCAGCUAGCAGCUAGCAGGCAGCUAGCAGCUCGGCUCAUAUUAGCAACACUACUGCGGAGCUAGUAGCAGGCAAUCGGGAUAUUGCUUCUUGGACUUAUCUGAACCAUAUUGUCACGCAGCCGGGAGACCUCAGCGCUGAAAUAGUCUCCCCUACAAGACAUCAUGUCUUCCAGGGAUCGCCGGUCAGACGUCUACAUCAAGGCUGAACCGAGCAGUCCGGAGGGAGGCGGGGGAGGUCGGACCAGUCCCGGCGGGGCCUCUUCCGACUCCUCUCAAAGCGGAGGUGGCGAGACCAGAGGAGACGGCGCUAAACGCUAUUCGCCGCCGCUCUACACGCCAGCCUUGCGAUGCCACUUCAAAGACGAGAGCGGAGACGGAGCGGACGAGGGAUCGACCGGAAACGGUGCCGGGCGGUGCAAGUAUGCGCUGAGCACGUUACCCAAGAGGCUGUGUUUGGUGUGCGGGGAUGUGGCUUCAGGCUACCACUACGGCGUGGCUUCAUGUGAAGCCUGCAAAGCUUUCUUCAAGAGAACCAUCCAAGGUAACAUUGAAUACAGCUGUCCUGCAUCAAACGAGUGCGAGAUCACCAAAAGGCGCAGAAAGGCUUGCCAGGCAUGCCGCUUUACCAAGUGCCUCAAAGUGGGCAUGCUGAAAGAGGGAGUUCGUCUUGAUAGGGUGCGAGGUGGACGACAGAAGUACAAAAGACGUCCAGAAGUGGAGAACGCAACAUACCAGAGCGUCCCCCUAUCACUAACUAAGGACAAUGAAAAGGGUUCCUCCAACAUCAUCGUGUCCCACCUGUUAGUUGCAGAGCCAGAAAAGUUAUUUGCAAUGCCUGACCCCCUCCAGCCCGACACAGCCCAGCGCACUCUUACGACCCUUUGUGACCUUGCUGACCGCGAGCUGGUCGUCAUCAUUGGCUGGGCCAAACACAUUCCGGGCUUCUUGUCUCUGUCGCUAGCAGACCAGAUGUCUGUGCUACAGUCGGUUUGGCUGGAGGUGCUGGUGCUGGGCGUAGCGUACCGCUCGCUUGGCUGUGAAGAUGAGGUUGUCUUCGCCGAGGAUUUUGUCCUUGAUGAGGAAAUGUCUCGUGUUGCCGGCCUAACGGAGCUAAAUGCGGCAAUCAGUCAACUCGCCAGACGUUUCCGUGCCCUCAGUGUGGACCGAGAGGAGUUUGUCAUGCUAAAAGCCAUCGCGCUUACUAACUCAGACUCUGUUUACAUCGAGGACAUGGAGGCCGUGCAGAAGUUGCGGGACCUCCUCCACCAGGCCCUGCUGGAGCUGGAGUGUCAGCGCCACCCGGACGACCCCCAGCGAGCCGGCCGCCUCCUUUUAACGCUGCCGCUCCUCCGGCAGACCGCCGGUCGGGCUCUGACUACUUUCUACAGCAUCAAGACCCGUGGUGGUACACCCAUGCACAAACUAUUCUUGGAGAUGCUGGAAGCCAUGAUGGACUCUCCCUAAAGGGAGCAGCAGCAAACGUAGGAUGACGCAGAGAUCUAAGUCUUGAUCAGUGGGCGAAUUGUUUGCCUCAAAAGAGAGAUUUUAUUAGAGAAUUAUUCAUGAGGACAGGGAUUCUUUUAACAUUGUAGCCUACAAGAGGAAAGAGAGACAGCUUACAAAUAAAGACCGUGCCCGCUCUCAAGUUGUAACUGUCAAGCUUCAGUAAGCACUGUCAAGAUCCACAUUUGUGUGGAGAAAAACUGAGAAGUGACACAACCUGAAUGCCAAGUUACUUGCAGUGGCCUCCGUGACGUUUCAUCGCAGCAUCAUUCUGCAGUUGCAUAACCACUGGAGAAGGUGGAAGUCAUCCAGAACCGACUUCAGUCAUGUGGCUUUUGAACUUUGCAACGAAUGCAACGGUGACUCACAAAAGCCAUAACAUAUCCGGCAAAGACUUGAGGGUCCACUUUAGUACACAGGGUGCAUUAUUUUACUAUAGUUUAGUGCCGUUGUAGGCAGAUUUUUUUUUUUUUCCAGGACUUUCUCGCAAUAUGCUAAAAGCAAUAUAAUGACUUGAUUAUUGUCGAUCACCUUAAAAUGGAUAAUGUGGUUAGUUCCUAGUUUGUUAUGGGUUGGUAGUUCUCCACUCUCAGGACCCCAAGUACUUUAUUUUAUUUCAUCCAUAGACUGGUUCGGACCUGGUAAGAGAGAACUGUUAAAAAUGUGGGAAGUUUGGAACCACAGGUUUAAACGUGGCAGUGUUCUUUUGAAAUGUAUAAUCUAGGGGAAGUGCACAUGAAAAGUGUCCCCUAGAAAUCCUCUCCUUGGACGGUAUUAUAAUUUGUUUGUUAAUCCUGUUAGCACACGAAAAAUGGCUUCCAUUUGCAACCACACUUUUGAGUGUGGCAACAUCGAGGUUGGACAGAAAGAAAUGCACCUGCCUCAUUUUUGUUUUCCAUACUGUUGUCCUCUUGACCCUUGUUAUGGACCUCAGCCAUGCUGCUCUAAAAAUUAGUUUAACGUGUUCCUUUCAUGUGCAUUUUCUGCAGUGAGGAAGUGCAUUGCAAAGUAAUCAGUUGUUUCAAUGUACUUUGUGUUUGUACGUGUCUAACUUGUAAGCGCCCGUAAUGGGCUCAGGGCAACUCGAAAUGCAACAUUGAACGUUGAACCCUUGUCUGACUCCGUACCCUAAGCCUCAACCUAUUCAUUGUUUGUAUGGUAAGACUUCCAAAAUAAGUGAUCGUCAUUGCGAGCUUCACCUUCAAUGCACCUGCUGUCCUCCUUUGAAUCCUCUGAAAAUUGGCCAAAGUGCCAUUAAUCUUUUAGCCAUGUACAGUUACAGUGAUAUAACUAGCAACAUGCAAUUUAUAGUGGAAAGUGAUGAAGCCAGCAAAUGUGACAAUUUCCUUCAUUACAAAUGUACAGUAUUUGUGCAGCUUAGAGUGUAUUGAAAUUUGUUUGGUUUUUUUCCUUUUCCAUACAUGUUCCUUUCUAAGAUUUUAAAGGUGUGUUGAUGUGAAUGGGUUGGAUUUCUACUCUUGACAUACUGUUGUGGGAUGGAGAUUUAAGAUGUUCAUUUAGGAAAUUAGCAAUGCUAUGUUUUUCUUAACUGUGUUUUCUGAAAGCUGUUAUAUUGCAGGGAUCAAAAUGUGGUUUCCAGCAGAUAUGUGAGGCGAGAGAAGUGUAGUAGUAUGCCAAACAGACAAAUAACUGUGGAGACAAAAUGUUCAGAUCUUGUGAUUUGCUCAUUUAAAUUAGCAUUUUGGGUACAUUAAAUGUUUUCCAGUUCAACAAACGUUUUUAAAGAUCUUGUCCUGCAAAGUUGUUCAACUUUUUAUUGGCUACAGCAUACUGAUUUGCUGACUAACCAAAUUUUGAAACGUGUAGAAGACGAAGAAACGUCUUUUUUACGUGAAGCUCGUGUCUUCAUAUUAAUACUGUUAUGUUUUAGGUACGUGGCAACGUGGUCAUAGGAACCCAAUGUCUGACAGAAUGGGAGUCGUUUGCAGUGCUGCAAUUGCAAUUACAAAGUCAUUUGUGGUUUCUGUGUAGAUUUAAUAUAAAUUAGCAAUACAAUAAGUUACCAAAACUCACUUGUUUCCUUGUACAGACGCCCUGUACAUUCAACAUUGCCAGUUAUGAGAAAUAGCCACUAAACUUUAAAAGCUCAAAUCAAUGUUUGUAUUUUGACAGAUGAUUUAAAUUAUUAAAUUAUAUUUUUUACUCAAUAUACUGUUUGUUGACACUGUUUUGUUUUUAUGCGUGUUGCUGGCUGUGAAUUUCUGUGUAGGCUUUGUUUUCUUUUAAAGUUGGGUAAUAGUUUUGAUGUCCUUGUCUAAACAUGUCCACAUUAAAAUCACUGUGAAUAAAAGUGAUAUUUAUUCCACUGUUUGAGGCAACAGGGAGUGGAUUAUUUUGAGGUGCUAUGAAAUAAAUUGACACACUACCCACCUCA